AUACCUGGGGCGGGCAUGAGGGUACAUACGUCCUUUCCUUGUAUUCUUGAGUGGCAUGAGGGAACCUCCCCGCACUCGGUUGUCCUAUCGGUUUCCACUAUAAUUUUCCGAAUAUACCCCCAUUCGGGGUAUUUAAGUUCUCAGCCCCCAAAUUUUCGCUCAUUCGUCCAGAAGAAGAGAAGUAAAGAGAAGAAACUCGAAACGCUGAGCCUUAACCAUGAGCUUAAUCAAGAAACCGGAACGGGAUGGAGUUGCGGUGAAUCGAGGAGAUGGUCGCGAUGGGGUAGUCUCUGCUGGUCAAGAAGAAUGUGUUCAGCCAGCUCCCUUUGGACCCUUACCAAAGGGAUAUGUAUGGGAUCGCCUAUACGUCCUCUCUGUGCAGUUCCUAUGUGUUGUCUUAUUUGCAGCAAGUUUCUUGAUCACAUGACUGAAGACUGCCCUCAUUUGCAUGAUGAGAGUUACAGCGAUCGCCGUUGGAAGGUUUUUCAUGCCCCUUUUGUUGUUAAAACCGCCGCUGAUAUUUUAGAAGAGAGCUUCAUUGAUCAAAUAGAUCCAGAAGAUGCUCCUUUCCCCACUGAUGCUGAUAUUUUAGAAGAGAGCUUCAUUGAUGAAAUCGAUCCAGAAGAUGCUCCUUUCCCCACUGAUGCUGAUAUUUUAGAACAGAGCUUCAUUGAUGAAAUCGAUCCAGAAGAUGCUCCUUUCCCCACUGAUGCAUUGGUUGCAGAAUUUUCUUCAUUCUCCACUGAUGCAUUGGGAGCUGCAUGCAGACCAAAGCCUUCGAUGGUUGAAAAGUUCUCAAAUAAUGGGGAUGCUGCAACAGUGUAACUAGUUCAAAGUCAGGCAUAACUGUGAUCAUGAAUGAACUAGCACUGCAUAUACAAAUUCAGCUGUGCUUGGUGUCAAUAGAACUGCCUGAUCUUAUCUUAGUUUAGCUCCGUCAUUGUUCUAACUUUUGAGGCUGUGCAAUACAAUGCCGCAUUGAAUUGCAGUUCAAUUGGCCCUCUUUAAGUUUUGGAUGUGUGUUUUCUUAAGUUUGUUCAGGAUUAGUUGGACAUUCCUUUGUUUAGGAUCACGUGUAUACUUCAUGUACUUGAUUUUUGGUCAUUAAAACUUCCUUUCAAGCCUCUACAUCCAUACAGUAUACUGAUGGUGAGCUAAGGUGCAGUUUGGUACUGAUAAUUGUUAGAAGGCAGCAUUCUCUGACUACUUUUCCAGUCUUCCAGUAAACAUUGUAGUUAAAUAUACGCAACUCUGCGAGUAACCCAAUUGAUUUAAUUUUCUCUUUUUUAUUCUUUUUCCUCCUUUUUUGGGUGUUGUUGAGAGCUUUGUUAAAAUCCAUGGUGGGUGUAAAGAUGUUUGUAUUUUGCAAAUUUAUGGUGUGUGUGUGUAUUGUUCAUUGAAAUCUGUUGCCUUCUAUUGUAAGGAGAGGGUGUACUGCCUUUACUGAUUAAACACUUCUCAGGUUUCAUUGUAAACUUAUUCUGGAAAUGAUUGUAGUGUUGUUUUUCCAGCUGUAUGACUCACUUCUCUCACUUAUUGUUUCAUUUGAA